AUGGCUAAUCAAAAUAGUCCUCAGUCUGUAAUUGUCUCACAAAAUCAGAAACAAUUUGUUAAUCCAUCCUCGCUUGAUAAAAAAGUGCUGGAUCAUAAUGCGCAACAUGCUAAUGCUAACGAGCAUUAUAAGCUUGAAGACAGAAUUGCUACAAAAAUUGAACGUGACACUAAUGUAGGCAAAGAAGAAUACAUAAUGAAUGCAUUGGGUGAAGCAAUUACUGCAAAAUCUCCUCUGCAGAUGUCAGGGAUACAUUCAAAAUAUCUUCAAGAAUUUGUGAAUAUGAUCCAAGGUGAUCAGACAACAUUAACAAAAUUCAAACUGAAUCCUGGAUUCAAAAAAUAUAUACUUGAGAACGGGAUUAAAACUAUCCUAGAGCUUGCCGAGUAUGAUUACCUUAAAGAAAAUCACACUGAAUUCUUUCAAAAAGCACUUGAUUUGUAUGAUGAAGAAGUUAGGCUAGAAAAAUACAAAAUGGCUGGCAACAAAUUGUCAGAUGAGGAAAAGGAGGAAAUUUUGAAAAAUAUGACAUUUGAAGGAACAAACGAAGAAAAAUUGAUGAAAGAAAUUUUAAAUGUUUUGAAUGUUCUAGAACCUGAACAGAGCUUGAUUGAAAUAAUGAAUAAGCAUAUUAAUGAUUUGGAUCAGUGCAUUAACUUUUUAAAACAUCUCUUCUCUAAAGACUUUGAUGUUGUGGCUGAUAAUGAAACUAAGACAUCUAAAGCGAUUAAAUUAGAAAUGAUUGGGAAAAUGGAAACAUUAAAGAAGAGUAAGUUUAUUAACUUAAAAACUGAAAUAGUUACACAGUGUAAUUAUUGUUUCACACUCUAG